CUACAUACCACUUAAAUAAUGAUAUAGACAAUAAUAAUAUAGUUAUAAUUAUUUAUACGCUUCGGACGUUUGAAGGUGCAUAAUAUGUAUAUAUGUUAUUGUAUGUAACUACCUACAACGUAUUAUCGUAUACGCAGAGCCGCGUCAAGUAAUUUAGCGCCCCGGGGCAAAAUUUCAUUUGGGACCACAGGUAGCAUGUCAAGUGCAAAUAAAGGCGACCCCUUACUUUUAAAAAAUUAAGGAGCCAGGGGGCAAUUGUCCUUUGUCCCCCCCCCAACACGGCUCGGCGUGUACGUUAAUCUAAACAUUUUCUUCGUUGUCUACUUAAAAAACACAAAAUUGGUAGGUACUCGAAUCAACUAAACGCAAAAUAUGUGCAAAUAUCUAAGUUUAUACAGUGGUAUCCAUAAUCCGAUCGCAGGAAUGGAAUGAAUAUGCUACAUACAUGAAUAUCAAGAAUGGACCGUGCCUAUGUAAGAACUUGUAAACACAGAAAACAUCAAAUAAAACGUAAAACCAAAUACGUUUACGCUGUGUUGGGUGAAAACAGUUCGGGUAAGUCUGUGUUGCUAAGAUGUCUGGCGGGUGUUUUGGAACAAGACGAUGGUGAAGUGAUAAUGACAAACGACGCUCCAGUGACCUCUGCAGAAAGCGGUAGCAGUAAUAAUAGCAAUGAUGACGUGGUAAUAGGUCGGGAAAGCAGUGACGUCGGUGCCGAGCGGACAGUCACACGACGACAUCCAAAGAUCGGGUUUGCCCCACAGAAUUUUGAUGUGCCUGGACCGAUGAAAAUAUACCACCUACUGCACUUUAUCGGUGCCGCCAACGGACUGAUCGUUGGCAAAAUCGUAGAGAGCUACAAGAGCCUAGUGCCGAUGACCGGGUUACCGGUGACUACGGACUUCUUGGUCGACCGACUAAGAUUGAGCCAAAAGAAAGUUUUAUCACUGGUGUUAGCAAUUAUACACGAUCCUGAAGUGAUCAUUUUAGACGACAUCACAACUGGCAUGGAUACCGUAACAUUAAAAAAUAUUUGGACACUUUUAACAUACAUAAAUUUAUCCAGAGAAUGUACAAUAAUCGUGUCGGCCUCCAAUAACUUUUGCUUUAUGGAAACAGCAGUUACGCACGUAGGGAUAUUGAAAAAUGGAAAAAUUAUAACGGAAGGCGCUACUACAAAUCUUAUGGAACAAUUUAAAACGUCAAGUAUAGAAGAUUUAUUUAUAGCAAUAAUAUUCGCCGAAGAUAAUCUGCAGAAAAAUCCCGUAUCAUUAAAAAGAACCAGGAGAUUAUCAAUCAAUAAUAAUUAUAUUCCACAUCAAUAUACGUCAUUGCUGAGUUCCACGUUUAAUACACAACUUGAUGAAUCCAAAAAACCAAAAAGCGUACUACAGGCACUAAUACUUAAAAACAUUUGGACUUUGACUGGAAUUUAUUCCAUAUUAUUUGCUGCAUUUAUAUGCGUAAUUCUGUUUCCUUUGGCUGCGCACUGGUCGUUUACGGCGUACCCGAACAAAGAAGUACCUAUAAUGGUGCACAAUGAAGAUUUGGGUGACUACAAUAAUGAGACGAUCGAACCUAUGAGUAACAUAUUCAUUAGUCAAUUGGCAAAUGUUUUUCCUGUGAUGUACACAUCAAAACCAAUUAACGAUACACACGAAGAUAAAGAUUAUUAUUAUGAUAUGUUCGAAUGUUUACUGUACUUUGAUCAAAAUUAUACAGUGGCUCUGCGACGACGAAUCGAAAGGAAAAUAAAAAACAACGUUGAUUUUGAUAACAGUCAGAUAAUUAUAACAAUGAAUAUGACCGACGGACGAACAGCUGCUAUCAUAAAAGAUCAACUAAUGGAACUCUAUAAACAAUUUCUAUCGGACUACUCGCACAACAUGCUGACGGAAUACGUUACGGACAUCAAUGACGAUUCAAUAAAGUAUAAUUCAACGACGAACGACAAUGACUACAAAUAUCCUAUUUAUGGACGAUUCGUAAAUUCGGGGCUGAUUGUCAUUUUGACGUUCUUUUUUCACGGAGCAAUCGCCGUUCAGCUACAGCAGGUCACAGGCAAGGAUUGUUAUUACGACGGUUGGACAUCAUAUCAUGCCCGUCUCAUCGUUCAGAUACCGAUUGCCAUUGUCUGGAACGUAUGUACAGUCGUACAUAUGUGCAUCCUAUAUGAUAUUUUAAGCCCUCAUUACCAUUACGUCUUCUUGGGUUUGUUGUUCGUGAGCGUCAGCGGAAUACACUUAGGAUACAUCUUAUGUUCAGUAGUGAAAAGUCAUUUUUGCGCCAUAAUAAUAUUGUACUUAAAAUUCACAAUAUGCGUUUAUGUCUCAGGACUUUGGUGGCCCACUUGUAAGUUUUUUGAUUGGAACUAUGAGGUAGUUGGUCCAAUUUCAGCAGGCGUUUGUUUUGUCAGAAAUUUAAUUGAAAAACAGAAUUUUGAUAUAAAAUCAUUAAUUAUUACAACUUGUUGGUCUCUAAUUCUUGUAAUUAUCACAAUAGUUGAUAUAGCAACUAGCAAACAUGAAAAAAGGUACAAUAAAUUUAAAAAUCUAUUAUAA